AUGGAAGCACUGAUGUAUUGGAGAGAGAACCGGAGAACAGAGGAGAAGAAGAAGCAGCUCACCAACAUGAGGACCAACAGUUUGAACCGAAUUGUACUCAUUACCAUAUGUACGGUGGUGUUCAUUGCAGUUUUAAUUGUCAACGCUUUGGCUGGAGCGGGAAAGGGUCCUUUCCACUCCUCCACAGGGAAUGUCUCCGCCCUCUAUGAGACGGACAUCACCCCCGCUGGCUGGACCUUCUCCAUCUGGGGCGUCAUCUACACCUGGCUCACCCUCCUGGUCAUAUACACCACUUCAUAUGUCUUCAGAGGAUCCUGGGCUCAGAGCCUGCUGCCCUACACCUUCUAUUUCUGCUGGAUGGCUAACUUGGUGCUGAACAUGAUCUGGCUGCUGCUGUGGGACAGAGAGUUGAUACUGGCAGCUCUGGUUGUAUUGAUCCUGAUGGUGAUCACCAGCUGCACCGCUCUGUUCUGCUGCUGCUUCGCCACAGAUUACUACGGGCUGUGGUUACAGGCGUACCAUCGCAAAGACCUGUUCUGCCUCAGGGUCCUGGUCCAGAAUGGUUUGGCUCUCUACACCACAUGGACUUCCAUUGCGUCUCUGAUCAACUUCUCAUUGGUUCUCCACCUGUGGGGCGUGGCCAAGAGCACCGCGGCGACAGCGUCUCUCUGCAUCCUGUUUGCAGAGGUGGUGGCAUGGUUCCUGAUGGAGAACUGGCUGCUGGACCGCUGGGUGCGUAACAUCCUGACGGUUUACCCGGUGGUGAUCUUGGCUCUGGUCGGAAACGUCUUCAAACAUUUUAACCCCGAUGAUCCCACUCCAAACUCUGUGUUCAUGGUGGUUCUGCUGGUGUUGGCCUGUGUGCUGCUGAUCUCCCGCCUCAUCACCGUCAUCUGGAGGAACAUGUGGCGGCCCCUCCACUCCCCCGGCUCGGCCCGGCUCAUGGUGUCCCCCCUCGAUGGCGGAGCGUUCAAGAUCUUAACCUAAUCACCAGGAAGCUGUGCAGCAGCUACUGUGGCCCUGCUGCCUCCACACUCUACAGGACUCUCUCCUGUGGCCCUGCUGCCUCCACACUCUACAGGACUCUCUCCUGUGGCCCUGCUGCCUCCACACUCUACAGGACUCUCUCCUGUGGCCCUGCUGCCUCCACACUCUACAGGACUCUCUCCUGUGGCCCUGCUGCCUCCACACUCUACAGGACUCUCUCCUGUGGCCCUGCUGCCUCCACACUCUACAGGACUCUCUCCUGUGGCCCUGCUGCCUCCACACUCUACAGGACUCUCUCCUGUGGCCCUGCUGCCUCCACACUCUACAGGACUCUCUAACCUCUACAGGACUCUCUAACUUCUACAGGACUCUCUAACCUCUACAGGACUCUCUAACCUCUACAGGACUCUCUAACCUCUACAGGACUCUCUAACCUCUACAGGACUCUCUAACCUCUACAGGACUCUCUCCUGUGGCCCUGCUGCCUCUAAACUCUACAGGACUCUCUAACCUCUACAGGACUCUCUAACUUCUACAGGACUCUCUAACCUCUACAGGACUCUCUAACUUCUACAGGACUCUCUAACCUCUACAGGACUCUCUAACCUCUACAGGACUCUCUAACCUCUACAGGACUCUCUAACCUCUACAGGACUCUCUAACCUCUACAGGACUCUCUAACCUCUACAGGACUCUCUAACCUCUACAGGACUCUCUAACCUCUACAGGACUCUCUAACCUCUACAGGACUCUCUAACCUCUACAGGACUCUCUAACCUCUACAGGACUCUCUAACCUCUACAGGACUCUCUAACCUCUACAGGACUCUCUAAACUCUACAGGACUCUCUCCUGUGGCCCUGCUGCCUCUAAACUCUACAGGACUCUCUCCUGUGGCCCUGCAAAGCUCCACUAGGGGCUGCACCCAUGAAGGAGUGUAGCUAGUGAUGGGGGUGCAUACACAACAUGGAUAUACACUUCUGUAAAAGAGAAAGCACUGAGUCUUUUCCUCUUCUCUCUAACUGCAAUUCAGACAAUACUACACUAUCUUAUAAAUACUAAUUCACUAUUACCACUACUUGCCAUCAACACUGUCUAUAUGAUAAGUACUUUUCAUACAAAUGCAUGUGGUUUGAAUAUGUUUUAUAUUGCUAUGUUGAAGCAGUUUUAUGUUUGCACGAAUCAUUUGUUUGUAUCCAUUCAGUGACAAUAUAUUCUGUCUAUAUGCUGGCUUUCAUACAGUAACAUUUGAACUUGUUUAAAGUGUUGUUGAGUUCCUACCUAUUUGCCAAUUAAAGCUGCCAUUUUACAAUCUCA